AUGCUGCAACAUUUCAACCAUGCUGCAAGNGAGUACUUCAGUUUACUUCGAGUGCAGCUGCUGGUCGCGUGUGCCUGCUUACUGGCACUGGUCGCCACCGCAGCGGCGGCGCCCUCCCCUGGCGGCGGUGGCGGUGGUUUUGGUGGUGGAAAGGGUGGUGGUGGCGGUAAGGGCGGCGGCUACCGUGGUGGUGGUAGCUACAUCAUCGUGCAGCCCAUCUACGUGCCGCAACCAAGCUACGGGUACGGUGACUACGGAUACGGAGGGGGAUACGGUCUCGGUGGAUACGGAGGUGGAUACGGCGGAGGGUACGGCCUCGGCGGAUACGGAGGUGGUUACGGUCUCGGCGGAUACGGAGNCAGGUUUACCAUGAACAAUAUAUCCACGCUAAUGUAA